AUGCCGAGAAAACGCAAACAAAUCCGUUUUGAAGAAGGCGGCGACGAGGAUUGGUCCGGUUCAUCGUCAAACUCUUCGAGGUCCAGCAUCGCCUCCUUCCAUCGGGAGUCUUACCCCAAAAAUGGAAAGACGCGCAUUCCUGCGAAAUUGGUCUCGAAACGAGCCUUGAUCGAUCUGGGUUAUCCGUUCGUCGAGGAAGGCACUACAGUUGUCUUGCUUGUAGCACUUGACGAGCGCCUCAUUGACGAAGUUCUGAAGUUGAGCGAAGAAUACCGCAGGUCGGACGCCGAAAUCGAGGACCACAGCAGUGGAAAGCCGAUAGAUUAUCCCAGAGACCGAGGCUUCGAUUGGGUCAACGUGGAACUACCCGCCGAGGAAGGCUCCUUACAAUAUUCGGCCCAUGAUGAGGCAUCGGAUGACGACCUGGACUCGGCGUUUGGCGAUAUAGGCCAUGAUGAGCACGAAGGACCGAUCGCCCACUCCGGAGUUCUUAGUCUCAACACUACGAAAGCGUUUGGAGAAAACGCUUUUGACCUCACGGCGGGUCGGUUCCCGUCUUGGAAUCAGGAGAAGUCAGAACUCAUCAACGGCACCACGCAUCUUUACUCGGUCCAUGCAGCAGAGUUUUACAUGGACCGAGCAGGAAACCAGAGGGUCACGCUUGUAUGCCCUAACGAUCCCGGAAACGGGCUGAGUGCUCCGUCCUUGGUGCGCAUGAGAUGGCUGUAA